CGUGAGGGGCGCUGCCGCUUUACGGCUGCCUCUCCCAGGCAAGAGCCCGGGAGCGCCCACCGCCGUCAGCCCUGUCUCGAAGAGUCUGCUCGACUGAGACGGAGAGACCCGGCGCGCCGCUCCCCGCCCCGCCGCGCCCGUGCCGGCCGCCGGCGAUGUGAGCUCGAGGUGGCUGCGGUGCCCCCUGGCCCGGGGUUGAGACGGGCGGCAGGUGCCUGUGAGGCGGGAGGGUGCUGGGGGCCUGCAGGAUGGAGGAAAGCAUGGAAGAGGAGGAGUGGGGCAGCUACGUGGCGAUGAUGGACGACCAGAACCACAACAACUGGGAGGCCGCGGUGGACGGCUUCCGGCAGCCCCCGCCACCGCCGCCACCCCCCUCGACGAUCCCAGCCCCUGCGCGAGAGCCGCCAGGGGGGCAGCUGCUGGCGGUGCCCGCGGCCUCGGUGGACAGGAAAGGCCCCAAGGAGGGGCUCUCGAUGGGGCCACCGCCACCGCCGGAGGCCAAUGGGGUGAUCAUGAUGUUGAAGAGCUGCGACACGGCCGCCGCCGUGGCCAAGGCGGCCCCCGCCCCCACUCCCAGCUCCACCAUCAACAUCAACACCUCCACCUCCAAGUUCUUAAUGAAUGUUAUAACUAUUGAAGAUUAUAAGAGCACUUACUGGCCAAAAUUGGAUGGUGCCAUAGAUCAGCUUUUAACCCAGAGUCCUGGUGACUAUAUCCCCAUAUCCUAUGAACAGAUAUACAGUUGUGUGUAUAAAUGUGUCUGCCAGCAGCAUUCAGAACAGAUGUACAGUGAUCUGAUUAAAAAGAUAACUAAUCACCUAGAGAGAGUCUCGAAGGAGCUGCAGGCCAGCCCUCCAGAUCUCUAUAUUGAAAGAUUUAAUAUAGCCCUUGGACAAUAUAUGGGAGCAUUGCAGAGCAUUGUGCCUCUUUUCAUAUAUAUGAAUAAGUUUUACAUCGAAACCAAGCUUAACAGAGACCUAAAAGAUGACCUUAUAAAGCUGUUUACGGAACAUGUUGCAGAAAAGCACAUUUACAGCCUAAUGCCUUUACUCUUAGAAGCCCAGUCAACACCAUUUCAGGUCACACCUUCAACUAUGGCAAAUAUUGUGAAAGGCCUAUACACUCUCAGACCAGAGUGGGUUCAGAUGGCUCCAACUCUGUUUUCUAAAUUUAUUCCAAACAUUCUCCCUCCGGCGGUGGAGUCUGAACUUUCUGAAUAUGCUGCUGAAGAUCAGAAACUUCAAAGAGAACUUAUACAGAAUGGUUUUACGAGAGGUGACCAGUCCCGGAAAAGAGCUGGGGAUGAGUUGGCUUAUAACAGCUCAUCAGCGUGUGCAAGUUCCAGAGGGUACAGAUAGUGAAUGUAUUGAAUGUACUUUCCUUCCCGAAAAGAGGACACACUGGAGCUGCAGAGACUGUAUUGGGAGCACAGCGGGGGUCCUGCAGACACUCAGGAGCUCUGUCACAAAGUUGUUCUUGGAAGAGGAUGUUGGACUUCUUACUUUGGUUUGUAAUUUUAAAAAACAAAUAACUAACAAAAACAAAAAACAGUCAGUUGCUGCUAGACUUGGGGAUGAUUUUGAAAGGGGACAAUCUUUUAAUGAGUUUAUCUACAGAUUCCGUGAGGAACAGGCGUCUUGAAAAGCGACCAUUGCUAAGGGAAAUCCAGCAGCGACCGUCAGCAGCUUCCUCCAAAAGUAUAAGAGCAGAAGAAUUUUUUUUUUUUUUUGAAGCACUUGUUUUGUUCAUUUGUGGAUGUGGCACUUCAGCACAUUGGCUUUUACACAUCGAGAUCUCUUUUGCUUUGAAAUCGAGCAGAUCAUUACAAUACAGUGUUUUUUACCCAUAACUAAAACAAACCCCGUUUAAAAGAGUUGGUCUUUGUUUAGCGUUAGAAAGUCUUGUUCAAGGAAAAUGCUAAUAACUCUGCUUCUGCUAUAACAUCUCCCCUCACCAGUUCACAACUGUUUUCUACUCUGUGCCUUGAGCUUUGUGCACUUUGCAACUCCGUGACCAGUUGUUCGACUCCCGGAUGCUUUCUGAAAAAGCUUGUGGUGUCACAGACUAACCCACUGAGGUGGCAGGUGUGACUUUAGCAGGAUACUAAUAAGUAAGUGGGAAGAUAGAAACACGUUGCUCAUUGGUCAGAUUCCCCCCUGCCUCACCUGUGGCAUAUUCAUGCUGAUGUUGGGGACCAACUCUUACAGAACACAUCCAUUCCCUCCAUCACUUCCAUGAUCUCACCAGCUGCUGUAGCGUUGGCAUGAUGCUAGCGUAGGAUGGGCUGUCCUCUAGCACCAAAACUCCCUUUUUUAGGACAGUGGAGACUUAUCAGAGGGUGACAGCUAGUUACUAGGAUACUCCGGGGAGCAGAUAUGGUUAUUAAAUCCAGAUAUAAUCAGUGAUGUGGCAUUCCUGGUCCAUUUCAUUUUAAAUGGGUGAGACAGGUACUUCAAAAAAAAAUGUCUGCAGUCUGCAUCUUUUGCAGCAUUAUAUUCGAGUAUAACAGAAGAGAAGUAACACUGCUGUUUUGAAGCUUCGUUCCAGCUGUGACACAGCUCUUUUUUUUUUUUCUACACCCACAGUGCUAUUUAGUUUCUUAUAAAAGACUCUAAAGCUUAUUCUAGCCGUUUUGGGAAGGCAAAGAAAAAUAGAUGUGGCAGGUGAAAAUAUUUUUCUCCUCAAUUUUGCUUGGAUCUAAAUCGAGCAUAUGCUUGACUGUAUUUGGCCAUGUGACACUAAUAUUUAGCUCUUCGGAGAACUUGGGGCAAAACCAGAUGGAUCAGGGAUACUGCCACGCUUCUGAUUGUCGGGUUUUUCAUAGAGUGGCCUCUGCCAAUUCACUCUGUCCUUUUUUGGGGAGCAGGCUGGGUGGGAGAGUUAGAAGUGUGAUAGUAGGAGCAAGUAAGUGCUCUAGUAGAAGUCCUCUAUUUGUAAAAUUAUUAUUCCGAGAAGUAAACGUAAAAGUUGGCAGAUUUAUUUUUUAAGUACUUCUCAACCAGAGCUGGAUUUUGUGGAGGACUUUGAAUUGGACUCAUUUAACCCUGUGAGCAUCUUGGGUUGUAUUGAUACACACCGAAUUACUGGAAGAAUAUAUACAGGUUCUCACUGUGCCCUAUACAGUUUGAUUUGCUACCCCAGUAGCAUUCUGGUAUCGGGGAAGAACUCCACUCUAUCAUGAAGUCCAAAGUUUACUUUCUCAAUGGAACGCUUGCUGCAGGCUUAUAAAUAACACCUGCAACUAAAGUCUCCCCUGAGUGGUUUCAGGAAUAUUUCUGAAAGGAAUAAAAUUGGGAUGCUUCUUUAAAUGUGGGAUGAAUUCUUCAUUAUCCUAAUAAUGUACCCAAAUGCUUUUUCUGGGAGAGUGUUUCUUUGGCUAACAGGGGAACUUCUCUACAAAAGCAUUGUAUUAUGAUGUGAAUUGGUGUUAAAAUCUUUGGAUGCUUUUGCAUUAUUAAGUUAAUGGAGAAACAUUUUAUGUUGUCUUCUUUUUCUUAUUAUAUAUGUGUUAACAAAAAGUGGACAAAGUUUGCAAAAUUCAGCUUCUCUAAAUAUUUGCACAGCGACUGCAGCUAGCUAUGGGCCAGGGCGUGGUACUGCGAGGCCAUGAGUGGAAGGCCCUAUAGAAAGAAGAUACACGUUCUCCUAGUGCAUGUGACGUGGUUGUUACCUGUUGGCCCCUUGAGGUACAUUGCAGUAUGGAAAACCUAUUUCUUCGUUUUUGAGUAGAAAUUGACCUUCCUUCUUUAAUUGGGUUUCUUAACAGAAUUCUUAGUUUGCAACACGAGGGGAAAUCAGAGUUGCCCUCCGUUUUGUAUUGACAAAGCACCAUUUACCAGAAAGUGUUUUCUUCUCAUGUUUACUUGUAUUCUUCUUUGCCAGUACAGUAUCUAGUUUCUCCACCCCAGUUGAAUCCUGGCUUUUGUGGGGCCCAAAUCAUUGAGGACAGAAAACUGUCCACCGAUUGUCUUGUUAAUCGGCACGUAGUUGCUUCGGCAAGCCUGACCGCCAAGCAUGUGCAGCCUGAAACCAGGCUCUCCAAAAGAAAGCAGUUCAGUCACCUCGAAAUAAUGCCAUGUCCAACUCAUUGGUAAUUGUAAUUGAGAGACGGUACUUACUUUCAGAGUUGGCCUCAUGCUUCAGUAACGGUGUCAUCUCCUGGUCCCCGUUGUCACAGCUGCACCCUAACCCGACAGGAUCUACUUGUUUUCUGUGGAGCAGAAAGCAGAACCUGGUAUAGUGCCUCUGAACAGUUCUUAGGUAGAGUUAGAAGAAACGCAAACCCGGAGGCAGGAGUUGGGCAUUGGUCAGGUUUGUGGGAAAGUCACUUUUUUUUUCCGUGUCCCUUUUACAAAUUUGAGGCAGUUCCUCUCUCCCUUUCUUUGAGGCGUGGGGUGAACACUGACCUGUGAGUGAGAUCGCAGGGGAACAGGUGCCCGUGGCCGUUCGUGCUGCGUGUGCGUCUCGAGUGCGCCAGCCCCGUAAAGCUGCCACUUCCCUCGCUAUAAAUGCCACGCUUUCUGUCAGGUUGCAGAUUUGCACACGUGAAGAAUUCCUCAGGAAGAGUUUGCACAUGCAUCGCCUCGCAAUAUUCUGUACUGACCGAACAAGGGAUUUGAAAGUUUUUCAGCACAAAAGGAGAACUUCAGAGUGGUGGUCUGUGCACCCGUUCUAGCAAAGGUAAUGGUGAUCUAGCAAACACGAUCGGUUUCUGCAGUUAUAAAGUGAGCAGGGGCACUUGUAUCAUAGUAUUUAAAUAAGCCUGUUUAAUCUCCAGAGUAGCCCUUCCAGAUUUUAUCUUCUUUUCUUAUCGAGACUAGUUAUAUUUUCUUCUAUGUUUUCUCUGUUUUAGGGCAGUUAAUAUUUUCCACGGUAAUUACAGAGGCAUUGCCCUUGAGCUAAAAUUCAGUUGUUUAAUAAGCAGCUAUUAUUAAAAUAACUGAACCUUGUUUUAUGAAUAGACACUAAUCUGAGAUAGUAAAAAAAUUUUAAAAAGCUGCAUUAGGUAUCCAGUCAGUUUUGAUAUUUUGAGUUGAUUUUUUUAUGGUGUCUCAUUGCGCUUCAGAGUAUUAUGUUUACUUUACCCCAGGUCUAGGCCUCUUAAGGACUUUAAAAUUUAAGAUCAGAAUGUGAAUCCCUUGACUAGCAUAGGUUUAUAGGACCUUUUCAGUUGUGAUUGCAGUUUUCAAUAAGCUUGCCUAAGAUGAAUUUCAUGUUUAUCAGAAGUUAAGAUAGAAGUUAUAGGAGUUCUUGGAGAAAUGGCUUUCUUGUUACUUUCAUUACCUUGUUGCAAUUUGCCCCAGUUUCUGGCCACCAGAAUCGAUGAAAGGACCCCUGUUCUUUUUCAAGGGUGUUGAUUCCUGUUUUGUCCCCACUGGUGAUUAACUAAGUCACUGACGCUUUCCCUCCUCCCCUGGCCAGGACCCUAUUUUGAACUUCUUUCCAGAGCCGAGUGGCACAAGUCCAUACACUGAUUCUGCUGACGGUGGUGGUGUGGCUGUGGGAGAAUUAGAAUCCUCAUCAGAGGUACAUUCUUGACCUCAGUACAUACUGUACCCCUGCUGGUGGGAAAUUUAUCUUCAUUUCUGGUUGGAUUGCAUUGUUUAGAAAAAUGUUAAUGGUUUAUAAUCCUAGGAAAUUUACAGAGUGGCUCUGGGGUAAAUUUUGUGGUUUGAAAAAAAAAAUUUUGUAUUGAUUUUAACAUGUCAUUUCAAUGUGGUGACGAUGUACUAAAUGCAAUAGGACUGUGGAUAUUCUCUUAGAAGGGUAUGUUUUGUUAAACAGAUGGCAAUUUAAUUGCUCUCAUUAGCCCUGUUUGUCAAUAUUACAGCCAUGCAAUUCAGGAGAAAUUAAUUCAGAUGUGACGUUGUGGGGAACUGUGGCUGGAAACAGGAAUGUUUGUGAAUAAAUGGGAGUCAAAGACAGACAAGAGGCUCUUGCCAGCCACCUGCACAGCCAGAGCAAGGAGGAAGCAAUGAAGUCUAAUCCCUGGUGGUGCUUCUUUGUUGGAAAGCAUGGCGGAGCUUAGAACAGGGUGUUCUGUACAUCAGUUCUUCUGUUAAUCUAAGAACAACAAAAUUGUGAAUGAAACUCUUUUUGAUUGGGGACUAAAGCCACUGACUUUGGCUCUGACCUUUAACUCUGGAUGGAUUUGGAAUCACUCCUUCUGUAUUAGGGUGUAUAACCGUCACUCUAAAACAUUGUGGUUAAUGAAAUAAAUCUUGUACAGAUGUCCUUGGCUUGUUAUGUUGA